GGCUUUAUUUUUACGGUUGAUCCAAUUUGCCAAUGCUACGUCUGCACCGCGUUUAGGGUUUAGGGUUUUUGCACUCUCAGCCCAUUCGACAAGCGAUUACAGCUUCCCGUAGUUGACGGUAUCACUCUAAAUUAGAAUCAAGAAAAUUCACUGAAACAUCAAAGCAUAGUCUUGGCUUAGAACAGGUGAAGAAUGGAGAUAAGUUUGGGGAAACUCGCAUUUGACAUUGAUUUUCAUCCCUCGGAUAAUCUCGUUGCUGCCGGUCUAAUUACCGGUGACCUUCACCUAUACCGUUAUACUCCUGAUAGCACCCCUGUGAGGAUGUUGGAAGUUCAUGCUCACACUGAGUCCUGCAGGGCUGCUCGAUUCAUCAAUGGUGGACGUGCGAUCUUGACAGGUUCUCCUGAUUGCUCGAUACUUGCUACGGAUGUGGAAACUGGAUCUACAAUUGCUCGUCUUGAUGAUGCUCAUGAGGCUGCAGUAAAUAGAUUGAUAAACUUGACUGAGUCAACUGUUGCCUCAGGAGAUGAUGAAGGUUGUAUAAAGGUAUGGGAUACCAGAGAGCGUUCUUGUUGCAAUUCUUUUAAUGCUCAUGAAGAUUACAUUUCAGACAUGACUUUCGUUUCUGAUGCAAUGAAACUGUUGGCUACAAGUGGAGAUGGGACACUGUCUGUUUGCAAUCUUCGAAGAAAUAAAGUGCAAGCUCAAUCUGAAUUUUCUGAAGAUGAGCUAUUGUCUGUGGUUUUAAUGAAGAAUGGUAGGAAAGUUGUAUGCGGAUCACAAACUGGAGUCAUUCUAUUGUAUUCAUGGGGAUGCUUCAAGGAUUGUAGCGAUCGAUUUACUGAUCUCUCUUCUAACUCUAUUGAUGCUAUGUUGAAGCUUGAUGAAGAUAGGAUUAUUACUGGAUCAGAGAAUGGGAUUAUCAACCUGGUUGGGAUAUUACCUAACAGAGUCAUCCAGCCAAUUGCAGAACACUCAGAGUAUCCUGUUGAGUGUCUUGCAUUCUCCCAUGAUAAAAAGUUCCUUGGAAGCAUUGCCCAUGAUCAAAUGUUAAAGCUAUGGGACUUGGAUAAUAUUCUACAAGGCUCAGGAAACACACAAAGAACUGAAGCUGGAGGAGCUGUUGACAGUGACGAUGAUGAGAUGGAUCUAGAUGAUGAUCCUUCAAAGAUUAAUAAAGGGAACAAGAGAAAGAAUGCAAAUAAUGGGAACGCCCUAGGUGGUUCGAACAACUUCUUUGCAGAUUUGUAGGAGGUUUGAAUGCAUCUCUGCUCAAAUGUGUUGAUCACCCAAUUAGAACACUUGCGUGAUUUUCUAAUCAAUAUUAAGUUGAAGGCGCCCCUUCCAAAAAUUGAUAUAUACAUUGAACCGUGUCCAGAUGAUGGCUUUUUUGUGCGUUAUAUUGGUACAAGGAUGCAAUUUUUUUUCUUCAAUAUAUGAAGUAAUUCAUUAUGUUAAAUUAUGAAAUACCGUGACCAUUUUAUUGUGGUUUCCUAUUAUAUAUUUUUGUGUUGUUUAAUUGAAGUUCCAA